UAAGUACAUAUUGAUGAAUGCCACCACUGGCGAAGAAAUUCUCACCUACCUUGUGGAAGAUAAGUUGAAUCCGACAACCAAGUCUUUCAACUUCUUCCAUGGCGAGGAAGCCGUGCUGGAGAUGACGAUGUUGGCCAUUAACCAGUUUGAGGCCGUGCCCUUUAACUUUACCAUAGAGAUCGUUGGUAUGAUCCGGGGUCCUAUAAUCGACGACUUUUCCAUCGUUACUGACAAGGACGAGCUGAAGCACUUCCAGGUAUCCUUCGAGUCCCUGGGUGGAGGGACGUGUAUAGCGGUCCACUGGAAUGAUGACAGUGACCUGGCGACCUACGGCGCCCCUGAGGACUGCACCACACACUUUUCCUGGGGCAACCACGUCCACAGCAAGAUCGACAUAGUGAUGAACAUAACACACACUUACGGGUCGUACGGCACCUACACCGUCAUCAUGAUCGCCAAAAACAAGAUAAACUCGGUGCAGGAUUUCCUCAAGUUCGUGGUGACCAGUGUGCCUUGUGCCCCACCCAGGCUCACCCUCGUUGACCAAGUCCUCUUCUUCGCCAACGCUCACAAGGUGAAGCGGGCAGAAGACAACACCCUUCAGGCCAGGGCAUCCAUCAACUGUGAACUCACCUACCGUACCCGGAUGUGGUGGAGGGUGAUGGAGGUAGACAGCUUGAUGGGAGAGACGUUGAGGGAACUGACGGUGAGAGAGGUGGUGCCUUCCUGGAACAUAUCUCAGUUCACCAUCCCAGCCAGGUUUCUUCCUUAUGGCUACUACAAGCUGGUCUUCCUUAUCACCAUGUGGGACCCCGAGGUGUUAGGGCCGGAUCUGCCUUCGAGAAAAAGCAUACACACACAUCCGGGUGGUGGGAUCUCCCCUGACGGCCAUAUUGCUGAAGGACGGCGUCAACCGCGUCAGUAGAGGUCCUGCCCAGAUGGUGUCCUUCCAACCUCUUGUACACUCUGUCGAUCCUGAUGUAACUGAUCAAGUGUUCCAGGUGGGGCACUGGAGGUGUCGGCAGCUAGGAGAGGAAUGGCCACUACCUCAAGAAGACAUACCUCAUCCUGUCAGCCCUCUAGGACCUCUCACCACCGGCUGCUUCGGCUACG